GAAAAGCAAAAAUCAGCUUCGGACCUUCGCCGGACCCCCAAACUCUCUUUCCAAUUUCCCUUAUUCCCCCAUCCCCACUCCCGCUCCGCUGAACCAAAGCCCACAUAUACGUACACCUCUCUGUCUCUAUAGAACGCCGAUCGGUCUUUCUUCAAUCCCUCAACGCCCGCUGUGAUUUCGUGUUAUCGGUCUUGCCUGCGACAGAGAAGAAUUAUGUAAAGUGCCAAUGUGGAUACACAGAUUUGAUGAUCAGUUUUUGUUCCAACUAUGAUUAUUGAUUAUUGCACCAGGUUUGACGCAAUUAAGCUAAAGGGUCUUCCGCAAAUAGAGGACCCUUGAUUGAAUUCCAAAUCCUAGCGGUUUAGAUUAACAGUUUCUUAGAGUUUAGUCGGUUGAGUUAUCCAUACAAUGCCAGCUGUGCAGAAGCUUUACAACGCGUGUAAAGCAGCACUUACGCCUAAUGGACCCAUUUCGGAAGAAGGUCUAGAAAAAGUCCGCAAUCUUUUAGAGAAAAUCAAGCCUUCUGAUGUAGGUCUUGAGCAAGAUGCUCAACUAGUACGGAACUGGAAAGGUUCCUAUAGCGAACGCAAUGGUGGUCGUCGAUCACUCCCCACAAUUAAAUACUUGCAUGUGCAUGAGUGUGAUGGCUUCUCUAUGGGAAUAUUUUGCAUGCCACCUUCCUCAAUUAUUCCUCUUCAUAAUCAUCCUGGGAUGACAGUGCUGAGUAAGCUUCUGUAUGGUUCGUUACAUGUAAAAUCCUAUGAUUGGGUGGACAUUCCUGGGCCUUCUGAUCCAUCUCAAGGAGCAAGGCCUGCAAAGGUGGUCAGAGAUUGCGAAAUGACGGCUCCAUGCGACACCACAAUUCUUUAUCCAACUAGUGGAGGUAACAUCCAUUGUUUCAAGGCUAUCACUCCUUGUGCUAUCUUUGACAUCCUUUCUCCACCUUACUCUUCUGAGGACGGACGGCAUUGCACUUAUUUUAGAAGGUCGCCAGCUGCAGAUCUACCUGGUACAAUUGAGGUGGACGGAGUAACAAUAUCAGAAAUAACUUGGUUAGAAGAGUUUCAGCCUCCGGAUGACUUCGUGAUAAGGAGAGGACAGUACAAGGGCCGUGUUAUUAAAACUUGAAAAGGAAUUUUUCAUGUCAUCUUUUCAUUGGGGACUUUGUGGGAAGUAAUUACUGCAAUUUUAGUAACAUGUCUCAACUGUUAUGACAAUAAUUUUCAUUAUUGGCCGAAAGUAGACUUUGAGAUGUACAUAAUCGAGAUAUUAUAUGUAGUAUUUCAUUAACCUCACUCU